AGAACGACACCUCAUCAUCACACAUUGUGUAAUGUUCACUAUAUCCAGCAUGCAGCAAAUUAACACGGCUUCUUUUUUUUAUCUCCAUUUAGGAGAAGCUGAUGGAGAAACACUGUAGGCAGCAUUCCAGAGACAGGACACAUCAGGUCUCUAUAGUCACUGUAGGCAGCAUCCCAGAGACAGGACACAUCAGGUCUCUAUAGUCACUGUAGGCAGCAUCCCAGAGACAGGACACAUCAGGUCUCUAUAGUCACUGUAGGCAGCAUUCCAGAGACAGGACACAUCAGGUCUCUAUAGUCACUGUAGGCAGCAUCCCAGAGACAGGACACAUCAGGUCUCUAUAGUCACUGUAGGCAGCAUUCCAGAGACAGGACACAUCAGGGGUCUAUUGUCAGAGACAGAACAGAUCAGAUCUCUAUAGUCAGAGACAGAACACAUCAGGGGUCUAUUGUCAGAGACAGAACAGAUCAGAUCUCUAUAGUCAGAGACAGAACACAUCAGGGCUAUAUUGUCAGAGACAGAACAGAUCAGAUCUCUAUAGUCAGAGACAGAACACAUCAGGGGUCUGGAGUCAGUGUAGGCAGCAUCCCAGAGUCAGAGCACAUCAGGGUUCUAUACUCAGAGACAGAACACAUCAGGGCUCUGUAGUCAGUGUAUGGGCUAUUGAUCUUCUUCCACACAUCAGUGUAGUCUGCUUCCUCAGUCAGCCAUGGGAAUCAGGAUGUUUUAUCAGACUGUACAGAACAUUCUCCUGCUAAUGUAUGUGGGUCGAAGAAGAGUGGAGGCCCAGCCUAUCUCUUGGCGCAGCUUUAACUCAGGCUGCCAUGGUGGCCCCUACAUGUCCAGACUCGCUGGGCUGUCUCGUCUCUGCUGUAGAGCUUGUGCGCUGACGCGGGCUCCCUGGCUCUGGCAGGACAGCACCGUCCCCUCCAGUGAAGCCCUGAGGCAAAAUGGGUAAGUGGGUCAGAUUCCCAUCGUGGGCACUCCAAGGCUGCUGCUGCUGUGUGCUGUUUUUGGGGUUGUCGCUUCCCUGGCGCUGCUUCACAGGGGAAACCAAUGAGGAGAGGAGAGGAGGAUGUGUCCCUGGAUAACGAUGAUCCAAUGAGGAGAGGAGGAUGUGUCCCUGGAUAAUGAUGAUCCAAUGAGGAGAGGAGGAUGUGUCCUUGGAUAACGAUGAACCAAUGAGGAGGGGAGAGGAGGAUGUGUCCCUGGAUAAUGAUGAACCAAUGAGGAGAGGAGGAUGUGUCCCUGGAUAACGAUGAACCAAUGAGGAGGGGAGAGGAGGAUGUGUCCCUGGAUAAUGAUGAACCAAUGAGGAGAGGAGGAUGUGUCCCUGGAUAACGAUGAACCAAUGAGGAGGGGAGAGGAGGAUGUGUCCCUGGAUAAUGAUGAACCAAUGAGGAGGGGGAUGCGUCCCUGGAUAACGAUGAACCAAUGAGGAGGGGAGAGGAGGAUGUGUCCCUGGAUAACGAUGAACCAACGUGCCCCGGAGGAGAGGGGGAUGUGUCCCUGGAUAACGAUGAACCAACGUGCCACGGAGGAGAGGGGGAUGUGUCCCUGGAUAACGAUGAACCAACGUGCCCCGGAGGAGAGGGGGAUGUGUCCCUGGAUAAUGAUGAACCAACGUGCCCCGGAGGAGAGGGGGAUGUGUCCCUGGAUAACGAUGAACCAACGUGCCCCGGAGGAGAGGGGGAUGUGUCCCUGGAUAACGAUGAACCAACGUGCCCCGGAGGAGAGGGGGAUGUGUCCCUGGAUAACGAUGAACCAACGUGCCCCGGAGGAGAGGGGGAUGUGUCCCUGGAUAACGAUGAACCAACGUGCCCCGGAGGAGAGGGGGAUGUGUCCCUGGAUAACGAUGAACCAACGUGCCCCGGAGGAGAGGGGGAUGUGUCCCUGGAUAACGUUGAACCAACGUGGAAUAGACGUUGAAUUGACGUCUGUGCCCAGUGGGCCUGCAGAAUGUGGUUUUGCUCCGUACCAGAUUAGCCUAUGGUUUCUCAUGGAUUUUUAAUAACGUGCCAUUACAUUACAUCGUAUUACAUCACACGGCAAUAAAAAUAUACAACAUUAAGAGCUAUAAAACUUCAGCACCAAAUCAACCAAAUUCGUCUCUAAGUAAAAAGCGGCAGUUGAACUUGCCAGGGACUUUUUUCUUCAGUCUUUAGUAUUCCAGAGGAGUUGGUCUCUGCAGGAUUGUGGCCGUUGCCAGGGCAGCGUAUAGGGGCCAUUCUGUGCAUGGCCUCAGAGUUUGGGGGCCUUCCUUUGGAUGUCGAAGAGUGUCCUGCGCCUCUGACUAAUCACCUGGGACACAAUGCAGGGAGAAGGGACCAGAGGGUCUGGGGCAAUGUUCGAAUUAACUUUAUCCCAAUGAAUCUACAGGACAAAAACCCCAUUCUGUCACUCUUUGUUUUUAAAAGGGUUCAGUGAAGGAAAUGUGGUGGAAAUGAAUCAGGUUUAAUCUAAUUAGAAGUAAUGGAUUGCUUUAAAGUGAGGCAGGAAUGUUGAAAAGUCACUGGUGUUUCCUUCUGCACCCUCUAGGUACUGAUGAUCUAGACCAGGAUGCCACCACAGACCAGGAUGCCACCACAGACCAGGAUGCCACCACAGACCAGGAUGCCACCACAGACCAGGAUGCCACCACAGGUCAGGAUGCCCCUACAGGCCAGGAUGCCACCACAGACCAGGAUGCCACCACAGACCAGGAUGCCACCACAGGUCAGGAUGCCACCACAGACCAGGAUGCCACCACAGACCAGGAUGCCAACACAGGCCAGGAUGCCACCACAGGUCAGGAUGCCCCUACGGGCCAGGAUGCCACCACAGACACAAAUCAAUCUACUCCUAGCCACAUGUUGGCAUCUCCCACGCACCACACAUGAAGGAAUAAAUGAGAGGCUGGAAAAUAACCAGGAAUUCUCUGUGGAAUGUUGUUAGAUCACGGUUUGAGACAGGUGACCUAGAGAGAGAUCAGGAGGUUGGGAAAGGCAGAAAAGUGCCUAGGGUGUUAGGUGCUAUGCAGGCUAGAAUGGAAAGACACUUCCACUGUACGUGUUGCAUGAUAUUGAUUCAUUUUGUAUCUCAAUGAUGAAAUUGUUCACAUGUUGGACUGGUUACUGGCAUAGUGAAAUCCUCAAGGAAUACAUGAGUGAAACAGCCUUCUUGGUCAAUGGCACUGUCCCUCAACUGACGGCCCGUGUGACAAUUUGGUUUUGUUUGUCCCCCAUGUUGUUUGAGCAAAAACAUUUUAAUUUUAUUUAUUUAUUUGUAUUGUUGGACUUUAAAGACUGUAAAAACACCAGAAAAACAGGUUCAAGUGAAUGAGAGACCAGAUGCUGCUAGAGGUGGCGUUAGAGGGCCAGUAGUCUUCCCUCUGGUCUAAGGAGAUCUAAAUGCCCCACUGCAGUGAAGGGGACAUUGCCCUGUGUAGGGUGCUGUCUUUGGGAUGCUAAACAAGCAUCCUGACUCUGUGGUCAUUCAACAUCCCAUGACUCUAAGUGUACUGUAGGGGUGUCAUGGCAAAAUUCCAUCAUGGCCACCUAAUUAUUCUUCUCAUUCCUAACUGGCAUAUAUCACUCACCUGUGUGGUGAGCAGUCCUAUCUCUACAGUCCUAUCUCUGCAGUCCUAUCUCUGCAGUCCUAUCUCUACAGUCCUAUCUCUGCAGUCCUAUCUCUACAGUCCUAUCUCUACAGUCCUAUCUCUGCAGCUUCAGGGCAAAGACAUUAUCUCUGAUCUAUUAUUCAUUUAAAUAUUCAUUAUUCAUCAUAAUUCAUGAUUUGGUUAAGUGCUCUUAUGCAUGAGGCCACCACUUUGUUCCUUACGGCAGCACCUUGACUCCUGCCAAACAUGCAUGGAAUCAUCUGUCCCAGAUCAAAGGAGGAUGGAGAGAGUGAAAGAGAGGAGUGGGGGAUCGUGGGGUUCCCCUCUGCAUGUCUGAAGGCUCCUGAAGGCCCUAGUGGGAAACCUGCUGCCUACCAGCUGUACUGUACAUCUCCAUCUGUCGCAACUCUGAUCGCCUGACCCUAAACUGACAGGACCUUGACCUUCAACCCUAGUGACAAGCAGGCCUGGGGAACCUGGGAGGGUGUGUCUUCUGGCGCCAAUACCCCUUGUUAAGUUUUCAGAUGUAAAAUUCUUAAGUCCCCAAAAAACCUUUCUGACGCAACCACAAUAAUGUCCAGUUUGUUAUGACUUCAUUGAGGCUUGUGUUUGUUCAACUUAUAACUGUGGCAAAUGAACGCAACAAAAAUCCACCUUUUUAAACACACAGGGUAUCUUUUGUCUGGCAGCAAACAUUUCCUACAGGCUGUGGUGUAUCCACUACUACCAUAUCUUCACUAGCAUCACUUGUUUUCUCAGUUAUUUUAAUAUCUCCUCCGCAUAGGACAUUCGAUCGACCUCUCUAACGUUUGCCACAUCUCCUCCACCCUUCCAGGAACUCAGGAUCGUGAUCAACCACCACAAUUGCAACACUGUCGUCCUUCUACACACCGUUCUUCAGUAUACUGCAGUUCAUCUGAACACACUUGAAUCAAAUCAAAAUCCAAUCCAAUUUGUAUUUGUCACAUGCGCCGGAUACAACAGGUGUAGACCUUACCGUG